CGACGCUCUUGGAAAAGCAGGCGAUUCCAUUGAGAAAAUUUCAGUCGCGUCAAGCUGAGGGUGAGUGCGAUACCCAUUAGUGCUCGCAAACACAGGCUGUUUUUCUCUCUGGGAUUUAUCAAAUCACUCUUUUUUUUUGUAAAAGAAAAGGAUUUAACCACCGUUGGGCGACGAUCUCACCCGUGGGCCCACCCCCCUUUUAUCCCUGUUUAUUCCCGUUUUCCCUCCUGCUGCAGCCCCUUAGGCCGCAGUGAGAAGCAAGCAACAUGGACGGGUUUUACGACCAGCAGGUCCCUUUCAUGGUGCCCCCCAGUAAGUCUCACAUGCAGGAACCAUCUUGCAGGCCUUUCAAUGACCGAAAAAGGAAGUUUGUUGACACUGAGCUGGCACAGGAUACUGAGGAGCUCUUUCAAGAUCUUAGCCAGCUACAAGAGAUUUGGAUAGCAGAAGCCCAGGUACCUGAUGACGAACAGUUUGUUCCAGAUUUCCAGUCGGAUAACUUGAUGUUCCAUGGACCUCUUCAAACUAAAGUAAAGAGGGAACUAAGCCCAAGCAGGGAAUUUUCCCCCUGUGGACAAGAGCAGAGACUCUCUCCUUAUGGAGAGAAGUGCCUAUAUAACUACAGUGCCUUCGACAGAAAGCCAUUUUCUUUCAACAAGCCACUGACUCCUCCUUCUACACCGGCAUCACCCUUCGGCUCCUCCACCAGCACAGCAACACAUCAUGUGCAAAAAAGAGCGAUGCCACCAGCCCAAACUCAGACACAAGGACUGCCACUUCUACCUGUCCACAACCACAGUUCUACCCCACCACAUCAGACAGCACAGACUCCACUCCACAGUCAAAGCCCACCUUUUGCUGUGCCCUGCCCACCUGUCAAUCACCCAGAUGCCUCCUACAGCACAGACCACAGGUUCCAUCGGCAGCUUUCCGAGCCCUGUCUGCCGUUCCCACAGUCCGAUGGCCGUUGUCAGACACCUUACCCCCCACAGAACCGUGGCCAUUUUCCCCGACAUAGCCGCCCCCCUUAUCACCGGCAGAUGUCAGAGCCAUUGGUGCCAAUGCCUCCGCAGGGAUUCAAAAAGGAAAUGGUGGAUCCUCGUUACAAUGAGCAGGGUGUGCAAAACAUGGGACCUCCUCGUGCACCAUUGAUCCACCAACUGUCAAUCAAACAAGAGCCCAGAGACUUCGGCUUUGACUCAGAAGUACAGAAUUGCCAGUCAUCUUUUGGGAAAUCAACAAAUUUCUAUGGCACCAACAGCGAGGGUUUUGGGUAUGAUGGAGAAUCCCACCUCUAUUAUGAUGAUGCGUGUGUGGUCCCAGACCGCCUGGAGGGAAAGCUGAAGCAGGAGGGUGGAGUUUUCCGGGAGGGUCCUCCGUAUCAACGAAGGGGGUCUCUGCAACUCUGGCAGUUUCUGGUCACUCUGCUGGACGACCCAUCCAACAGCCACUUCAUUGCUUGGACUGGCCGUGGGCUCGAGUUUAAACUCAUUGAACCAGAGGAGGUUGCUCGCCGUUGGGGUAUCCAGAAGAACAGGCCUGCGAUGAAUUAUGACAAGCUGAGCCGCUCCCUGCGUUACUACUAUGAGAAGGGCAUCAUGCAGAAGGUAAAGGUUGCUGGAGAGCGGUACGUGUAUAAGUUUGUGUGUGAUCCCGAUGCGCUCUUCUCUAUGGCAUUCCCUGACAACCAGAGGCCCAGUCUGAAGGUAGACCCCGACGGGCUGCAGGUUCCUGAGGAUGACACUGUUCCACUCUCACACUUUGAUGAGACUAACAGAAGCUGUAGUUAUCCAGCAGAAGCCAGGGACCAGUGCUUAGUUGGGCCGUCCUUUCCUGAAAAUUACGCUUUCUGAACUGCUUCACUACCGCCGAGCGGACCAGAACUCUAAAAUGCAUCCUCACACUCCAAAUGCAGCUCAUGUCAAACUGUAAUCGCUCCAAUGAAGAAUCUGUAAAGCCUGCUGAAAAGUCUCUAGACUUUCUUGCCACAUUUUUAUUGUUCAUUUGUUUGUUACUUACACAGGUUGGAAAAAUGUCUGCUUUUUUAAAUUUACCAACAAAAAAACAAAACAAAAAAAAACGUAAAGGGACACAACAGUAUUUUUCAGUAUAACCUUUGAUUUUAUAUAUAUAGAUAUAUAAAUAAGUGUAUAUUUUAAAAUAUGGCUUUUGUGCACUGCUUUCUUUGUGUAUUGGGCCUGGUGUCUUUUUUUUAAUGCUCUGCUUCAGUGAGAUUUUUAGACUUCUGACAAUGCAUAAUGAUGCACCUCAGGCUGUUGUCAUUAUCAGAGUGUAUAUAGCUUUGAUUAUAAUCUGGAAAAAUGCACAAUUUUUCUCCAGCUGGCCAAGUAAAAUGCUUUAUAACUGUUCAGAAAUGGUUAUUUCAACUGCUUUUGUAAUGUGAUUUUUAUGGAUAUGGGGCGGGGUAGAAUGGGCAAAAAGAGUGCAGGGGAAUUGAAAAGUGAAAUCUAUGUAUAUUAUGAGUAUAUUUUUGCAAAAGCAGAAUUGAAUUGCAUUGUAUAAGCUGUACAACAGACUUUUAUCACUUCUAAUCUGUUCUUUUUGUACAGUGGUGUGUGUGAAAUUGAAAGCCAGCUCUUGAUAUAGGGGGAAAUCGAGGCUGAAAAGGCCUGAUUACUGAUUCAGGAUCUGUCAUGCUUGUGCGACCUUUAACUGUUUACCAAAGGAUUACAGCAAGGCCAUCUGAUCACUGUUCAGUAGUAAACAAGCAUGGCAUGAAUCCCCCUAGCUCUUUCCACCUUCACUGUCAACCUUGCUUGUCUGUACUGGGUACAACAGACCCCUAGUUCUGUUUCACUGUGGAUAAAACUGUUGUUUCAUUGUCUUUUGAAGACAAUUUCUUUCAUUAAGAAUUUUCAAGUACAGUUUUGGUGUACAAUUACAGAUCUGUAUUUUCUAAACUACAAGGUACAGGAUAAAUAAACGUCCAUAAACAGA